AUGGAUUUAUUCAUAAAUGUAUUAUUUACAUCAAUAUUUGGAAUUUGGUGGUAUUUGAUAACGGACCAUUUAUUAUUGGCGGAAACUGAAAAACCGAAACAAAAUAAUGAAUUGAUUAAUAAUAAGGAGGCAGUUAAAGUAUUGGAAACUUCAACGUUACCAGCAUGGAAAGCUGAAUCUGCCAUUGCAAUCAUUAUUUUGAUCUCAACAGCACUUAUACAUAAACCCUAUUAUCCUUCUUCAGGAAUUAUUCCUGUUCCGCGUGUAUCAGCAUCCGGGACAUCAUUAUUGAAACCGGAGGAUAAUUCUCGUAGACAUUUAAGUGUUGAGUUGGAAGAUGAGGAAUUACCAUUUAAUUAUUAA